AUGUAAAAUAAAACAUCAUUACUUUUUGAUUAAGCAGCAAGACAUGCAAAAAUUAAAAAAGAGAAUGAAGAAUAACUUUACCCAGCAUUAAAAUUAUAUCAACAAUAUGGUAAAAUUGAUGAUCAUAAUCUAAUUGCUACUAUUCUCGAUUCUCUUCAAACAAUUGAAUUCUUUAAAAAAAAUUGUCCUGAAGGUAUGAAACUAUCUGAUUUUGUUGGAAAUGCAAUUAAAUAUUUCAAAUUUGAAUAAUACGAUUAUGGUUCACCAAUAUUUCAUUAUGGAGAAUAUGGUGAUAAAAUGUUUAUCAUUUUAAAGGGAGAAGUUUGUGUCUUUGGACCAAAACCAUAGGAAGAAAUAAAUAAAGAAAUAGAACUAAUUAAAUUAUAAGAUGAAGGAGAAUUAGUUAUUAAAGGUUAAAAAAGAUAGUUAACUACAAAUAUUGAUAACUUACUUAAAAUUUAAGAUUCUAGAUAUUAUAAGGAUGGUGUGUUACUUUAUUAAAAGGUAUAAUUAAUAUAAAAUUAGAUAUUUUAAUACUAUUCAGGAUAAUGUUUUGGUGAUGUGGCAUUAACAUCAGAUAAACCAAGAUCUGCCACUAUUAUUGUUUCAUCAGAAAAGGUUUAUUGUUUAUCAAUGAGAAGAAAUGAUUUUAAAGUUAUAUUCUAAAAAUCAAUUUAACAAGCCAGAAAUACUAUUGAAUAUUUUAUGAAGAUCUUUCCAGGAGCCCUUUAAUUUAAUCUCUCUAAAUUUAUUCAAUAUUUAAGACCUAUUGUAUUUUAGAGUAAAACUGUUUUAUGGUCAAUUGGAGAUGAACCCUAGUUUUUUCUUAUUAUUGUUUCAGGCAGUGUAGAACUCUAUAAAUAUAUGGAUAUUGGUACUUUGACAGGUAAAUAGAAAUUUUAAGAUGACAUACAAUAAGGAUUAUUUAUAGGCAAAUAAUAAUAUAAAGCUAAAAUAGUUGUAUGAUUAAUCAAUUUAUAAAUAGCUUAGUUAAUUAGCUGAAGGUAAUAUUGUUGGUUAAGAGGAACUUUUGGAGGAUUCUCAAAAAAGAUAGUAUUAUUGUGAAACUCUUGAUAUUACAAAUGCAUAUUAUAUGGAAGCAAGUGAUUUUAAGGCUAUUUAAGGAAAUCAUUAAGAUAUUAUAGAUUGCUUAAAAGAAAGAGCUAAUAUUAAUAAAGACUAUAUAAAUAAAAGAAAAUAGUUGAUUCUUCAUAAUUUUAAGAUUUAUGAUUAAUUUUUGAAUACAUUAAAUUCAAACAAUAUUAAUAAGGAAUAAAAACUUAAAGAGAUUUUCUAAACUAAUAAAGAUAAUAAAUCUAAUUCAUUGUGUGUGAGAUCUCAAAAAUAAAUCAAAGGAACUUAGAAUGAAAUUCUCUAAUAACAUAUAGUUUUUGAUUAAAAUAGAAAGUUAGUUGAACCAUAAGAGAAAAGCGAAUUAAGAUUUAUAAUAAAUAAUAAUAAUUUAUCUUACAUCAGAGAACGAAUAGAUAGAUAAUAAUAAACUUAAAAAAAUAGUCAAUCACCAUAAAAGCAUGUAAAGAAUAAAGUUAUAAUAUCACAAAUAUUAAAGAAAUAUUAAAAUAAAAAGAUGCUACAUGAAAAGAAGGAUAGGAAACGAAAAUCUAUAUUUGUAACUUCAUCUUAAUCAUCAAUUGGUUAGACUGUAGAAACAGAAAAUUCAGUAGAUUUUAUGAAAUAAAAAUAGAGAACUUCAAUUUUAAGACCAAGUUUUAUAAAAAUAAGAGGUAGAAAAUAAUCAGGUGAGAAGAGUAAUAAUAAUAAUAUUACCACAACAAUAAAUUUAACAGAAAUAGAAACAAGAACAAAUUAAUAUACAGUACAUUAAGUAACAAACAUGACACAUUUAACACCAAAUAGCACAAAAUAUUUUAAAACAAUAAGAUCGAUUUCAGGGAAAUGA